CUCCAGGAGGACUUUAUUCCGUCCUGGGGCUCAGUGGAGGCAGCAGCCGCGCACCGCUGCACCUGAUCGCACGGGAUGCGUUUGGUUUACUACCCUGCACGACGCUUCGGAAUACUCUUAUAUUUUACUUUCCGUUAGAAGCACCGGCAUAACUUUGAAAAGUAAGGAGAAAACUAAACUACCGCCCAUGUUACCGGGGGAAUAAACUUAAGGUGGGUUUUUCUGACCCCGGGCUGCGGUUGCGGAGGCUGCACAUUCUCUUCAAUGCCCACGUUUGAACACUCGUUUGUUUUUGAACGCACUUCCUUUGACGCGUUCUUGGCGAUCCCGCGAGUCUCACGAUGCGACUUUUCCCGGCGCGCGUCGGGAACAAACCGGCCCGGUAGAAAUGUCACAAGGUCGUUCCAUUUACCGGGACGUGACCACCGGAGAUGAACUCUGCGUGGAAUGCGCGGUGAAUGAUUGACAGCGGAGGCUCCGUCAACCUCUACGGACAGAAAGAACUAACCGCCUGGACUUCAACCUGUUUACUUGUAAUCAUUAAGAGUUUAAGAGAAGCGGAAUGAAACUCUGCUUCUGAAGAAGAAGGAGCUUUCCUGGCAUCAGCUGAAGCUUCCACCUCUGUUUCAUCGUUUAAAUUCCCUAAACGAAUCAUUUCUAACAUGUUUCACACGGCGGCGGCCCCGCGGCUCCUCGUGCUGCUGCUCCUGUUCCGGUGUCCCGGUCUCACGUCCGCGGCUUCCAAAGAUCUGGUGUGUGAGCCCAUAACUGUGCCCAUGUGCAGGGGCAUCGGCUACAACCUCACCUACAUGCCCAACCAGUUCAACCACGACACCCAGGAGGAGGUGGGCCUGGAGGUGCACCAGUUCUGGCCCCUGGUCCGGAUCCGCUGCUCGCCGGACCUGCUCUUCUUCCUGUGCAGCAUGUACACCCCCAUCUGCCUGCCGGACUACCGCAAGCCGCUGCCGCCCUGCCGCUCGGUGUGCGAGCGGGCCAAGCGGGGCUGCUCCCCCCUGAUGAGCCAGUACGGCUUCGAGUGGCCCGAGAGGAUGAGCUGCGAGCAGCUGCCCCAGCUGGGCGACGAGACCCUGUGCAUGGACCAGAACAGCAGCGAGGCCACCACCCCGGCGCCGCCGUUCCCCAAGCCCACCCCGAAAGGCCGGACCAGACCCCCCAGCCCUCCGCUGUGCGACAGGGAGUGCCGCUGUCGAGACCCCCUGGUGCCCAUCAAGAGGGAGUCCCACACGCUGUACGGCCAGGUCCACACCGGCCCCCUCCCCAACUGCGCCCAGCCCUGCCACCAGGCCUACUUCUCGGCCGACGAGCGCGCCUUCACCACCUUCUGGGUGGGACUCUGGUCGGUGCUGUGCUUCAUCUCCACCUUGACCACCGUGGCCACCUUCCUCAUCGACAUGGAGCGCUUCAAGUACCCGGAGAGGCCCAUCAUCUUCCUGGCAGCCUGCUACCUCUUUGUGUCUUUGGGUUACAUCAUCCGCCUGGUGGCGGGUCACGAGCGGGUGGCGUGCGGCGCCAGCGGCAGCGUCGCCGGCGACCAGCUGCACGUCCUCUACGACACCACCGGGCCCGCCCUGUGCACCCUGGUCUUCCUGCUGGUGUAUUUCUUUGGCAUGGCCAGCUCCAUCUGGUGGGUGGUGCUGUCCUUCACCUGGUUCCUGGCCGCGGGGAUGAAGUGGGGGAGCGAGGCCAUCGCGGGUUACUCCCAGUACUUCCACCUCGCCGCCUGGCUCAUCCCCAGCGUCAAGACCAUCGUGGUCCUGGCCCUCGGCUCGGUGGACGGGGACCCCGUGGCCGGAAUCUGCUACGUGGGGAACCAGAGUCUGGAGAACCUGAGGGGGUUCGUGCUCGCGCCCCUCGUGGUCUACCUCUUCACCGGCUCACUUUUCCUGCUGGCCGGCUUCGUCUCGCUCUUCCGCAUCCGGAGCAUCAUCAAGCAAGGCGGCACCAAGACGGACAAGCUGGAGCGGCUGAUGAUCCGCAUCGGGCUCUUCACGGUGCUGUACACCGUCCCCGCCACCAUCGUGGUGGCCUGCCUGGUCUACGAGCAGCACCACCGGCCCGGCUGGGAGCGAGCCCUGGCGUGCUCCUGCCCUUCAGAGCGCCAGCGUGCGGGCGUGGGCCCGGACUACGCCGUCUUCAUGCUCAAGUACUUGAUGUGCUUAGUGGUGGGCAUCACCUCGGGGGUCUGGAUUUGGUCAGGCAAAACCGUGGAGUCCUGGAGGAGGUUCGUGGCUCGAUGCUGCCCCUGCUGGCCGCAGAAAGCAACCGCUCCGCCCUCCAUGUACAGCGAGGCCAGCAGCGCUUUGACCGGACAUACUGGGACCGGACUGACGUCGGGGCUCUACCACAAGGCCGCUCCAUCGCGUAUAUGAAGGGGCUGCCGCGGCUGAGCGUUGACCGAACUAAAGGUAUCCAAACAUGGAGAGAGAGAAAGAGGACCAGCAGCUGCAGGGCCGCCUUGCUCUGAGAUUUAGCUCUCACUGAAAAAAAAAAAACUGGACGAUUGUGACAAUUUAAAAAAGUACAUUGGACCAGCGUAAAAAAAAAAGGGAAAAGCUCAGAGAAACAACCAGCAUUGCAAUUUAAGCAUGAGAGAAUAUCUGAAAAGAGAAUCUGCCUUUUGAGAAACUGACUCCAGACCAAAUGCUUCUCUAGAGCGACAUUUAACAUUUGAACGUAACCAAGUCACGUGGAUCCGUAACGAAACCACACGCGCUUCUUCCUAUCCGUUUACCCUGAGCACUGAGAGAGAGAAAAACAUAUUUAUUCAUGUACAUAUUGUAUAAAGUUGCUGUUGAAAAAGAAGGCGUAUCAUGUGAUCUGUUUAGUUGGUGUGAGACACCACAGAGGCCAAUGUUGUCCCAUCUGAGUCGUAUGGACUUGUACAUAAAUGUGCUGUUUCAUGUCAAUGUUUGAGUGUGAUAUCUGGAUUUUUUUUUUUUUAAUGAUGUACAACUGACAAACUUUAUUUGUCAAACUGCUGCGGUGCUGCCGGCGUAUUUGCGGAGGGGUCUUUGUAAUGAUGGCCGGAUGACCUCUGAGCUCCGGUCGGCUUCGUGUCGAUUGAACCGACAGGUUAAAGCUGCGCGAUGAAACUGAACUUGGCCUCCACCCCCAUCUGCUGGUCCCCCCCCCCACUCCCCCCAAACCCCCGAGACCCUCCGUCCCAUAAGGAUUUGAACCAAAACUAUUUAAGAAGAAGGAAUACUACCAAUGAAAUAUACGAUUGGAAUAGUUAUUUAUUCUAAAUUUGUUGUGAUUUCUGUUUGCUGUAAAAAUGAACCUCACCUCGUCAAGCGUCACUCUGUUUCUGCUUUAAUGUCACGGCCUCGACACACACACAGUUUAUGUUCAUGGACCGGUGUUUUAAAUAAUAAUUUGAUGACUGGAUGAACUAAUCAGUGGAAAACUAAUCAGCAACAAUUGGAAUAAUCCACAAAUUACUACUGUCCUUUAAAGAAGAAAUGCCCAGAAUGAUCCUUUCAGCUCCUUGAAUGAAAUACAUUGCUGCUGUUCUCGUGUUUAUUAACACUGUUCACUCGGUAUCUUUGCCCGGCUGGUUGGAGGAAACAAGCAAUUUAAAGGAACACUCGGUGACAGGCAUUUCACAAGAAAGAUACAAAUGGGAUAUUAAUUCUACCCAUUAGGUGGCUUUCAUGUGUUCUUUUAUUGGAACUAUUGGACUUAAAUGUUAGAGACUUGAAUCAAGUUGAAAUAUUCCUCAUUUACUGAAUUUGUUAUAAACAGUAAUGAUGUUUAUGGUUAUUAAUUGAAUAAAAGUACUAAGUGAUAAACAUUUUAAAUCUAAAGAACAUGAACAUUUUCAGUUUUAUAUUUUAGGGGUUUGGGGAAUAAUCUUAAAGUUGAACUUGUGGCUGAACUGAGCAUUUGUCGUCAUUUUCAGCAGGACGGAUGAUGCUUUAAUCAUCAGGGCUUGAGAGAACAAACUCACUGGAUUUGUAAAGAACAAACUAUCAAAAAAGGAAAAGUCCUCAGAGGAGCCGACGUGGUGAAAAUGAAGUGUCGGGGGUGUUCUCAUUUAUUGCGCGUCCAUAUGCUGGAUGAUAUCUCUUAUUUAUUAGGCUGAAUUGUGCGAGUGAUGACGGAUGCUGGGAAGUCUUGGUAAAAACUGACGUUUAGCUUUUUGUUUGUGUCUAAAUGUAAAUCUGCUCAUGUUGAUUGAAUUCCCAAAAUGGAAAACAUAAUGUAGAUUAUGAAUCAUAUUGUGGGAUUAAAACAGAGUUGAUCUGUGGUUUCAAGCACAUCUUGUUCCAGUAUAUUCGGCGUAACAUGUUUUGGCAAAAUUAAUUUUUUAUUUUUUUUAGUGGGAAAGAAUCAGUCAGUCGCUGUAUUUGAACGUUGCAAUCUGUGCGAAUAUUCUACCUGGGGAAAUGAUUGUUGUUAAAUAAUUGAUGUUAAAGUCAAAAAGGGGAAAAUACCUCAGUUGGAAUCUCUCUGUUCAGUUGUCAUGUAUUGAAAACCACUUCCAUUAUACCCCAAACCAAGACGUGAAGGGGAACAUUAAAAACCAACGAAGCAUCA